AUUGCCGGAGAGAAGCGGAGUCUCCGAGGUGGUGUCCAUCAUGUUCUCUUUCAACAUGUUCGACCACCCGAUUCCCAGGGUCUUCCAAAACCGCUUCUCCACACAGUACCGCUGCUUCUCUGUGUCCAUGCUAGCAGGGCCUAAUGACAGGUCAGAUGUGGAGAAAGGAGGGAAGAUAAUUAUGCCGCCCUCAGCCCUGGACCAACUCAGCCGACUUAAUAUUACCUAUCCCAUGCUGUUCAAACUGACCAAUAAGAAUUCGGACCGCAUGACGCAUUGUGGCGUGCUGGAGUUUGUGGCUGAUGAGGGCAUCUGCUACCUCCCACACUGGAUGAUGCAGAACUUGCUCUUGGAAGAAGGUGGCCUGGUCCAGGUGGAGAGUGUCAACCUUCAAGUGGCCACCUACUCCAAAUUCCAGCCUCAGAGCCCUGACUUCCUGGACAUCACCAACCCCAAAGCCGUAUUAGAAAAUGCACUUAGGAACUUUGCCUGUCUGACCACCGGGGAUGUGAUUGCCAUCAACUAUAAUGAAAAGAUCUACGAACUGCGUGUGAUGGAGACCAAACCUGACAAGGCAGUGUCCAUCAUUGAGUGUGACAUGAACGUGGACUUUGAUGCUCCCCUGGGCUACAAAGAACCCGAAAGACAAGUCCAGCAUGAGGAGUCGACAGAAGGUGAAGCCGGCCACAGUGGCUAUGCUGGAGAGCUGGGCUUCCGCGCUUUCUCCGGCUCUGGCAAUAGACUGGAUGGAAAGAAGAAAGGGGUGGAGCCCAGCCCCUCCCCAAUCAAGCCUGGAGAUAUUAAAAGAGGAAUUCCCAAUUAUGAAUUUAAACUUGGUAAGAUAACUUUCAUCAGAAAUUCACGUCCCCUUGUCAAAAAGGUUGAAGAGGAUGAAGCUGGAGGCAGAUUCGUCGCUUUCUCUGGAGAAGGACAGUCGUUGCGUAAGAAGGGAAGAAAGCCCUAAGUGAGGACUGUUGGCUGACUGGAAAAUAAUAAAAGAAUAAAUUGCAACAUCUUGGCUUUUAGUUACUGGCACUGACAGGGAUGAGCCUCAUCAGAAUACUCUGUUACUUAAGAUUUGCUUAGAGUUACCUAAGAAUUAUCAAGUUUUACUUGAAGUGGAGCAGCAGGACUUUGUAGUUGUAUGCUUGAUUUGGGGAUAGACAAAGAGCUGUCCCUGAGGGCCUGUAGGCAGCUGCCGCCUCACCUCUUCAUGCUUUCAGCUUGAGGGGGGCUCCCACUGCCUCAGCAGGAGCAAUUCUGUAUCCCUAAUUCUGUCAAAACCAAUGGAGGUGACUAAAUUCUCUAACAUGAAGUGUUCUUUCUUUUUCAUUUAUCCUUUCUUUUCCUAGGUCAGUUGCAUAGGUGUCAGUCUUUGGCCUAAAAAAAGGGUUUAAAUAGAUGUAUGUUCUAUAAAUAGUGGCUGUCCCACUACUGUGGCUGCAAUUUAAGUAUUUGACAAAGAAUGUUUCUAUUUUUAUUUUCCAUAUUUUUUUCAAAAACAUCACUCAGAAAAACCUGAUCUGAAUGAGUUUACACUUUUAUUCUCAUUUCAUAUGGACAUAACUGGCUCCUUAGUGAACCUGUUCAUAGUGAAACAACUCCAUGGAGAAGCAAAUGUGAAUGUUGGAAUGAACAAAUGCUAAAGAGAUGUUCCUCUCUUUCCUUCUUCCCUACUCCCCC